GCCGGCAGGGCUGAGAGAGCCAGUGCAGAGGGGAGGGGUGUUGCAGGAUCUCCCCCAGCAGCAGGAACUGCUCCCAGCAAGAAAGCCAGCUGGGCUGGGAGCUGCUGCCCUUGCAUCGGGCUGCUUCGCUCUCCCAGGGGAUUUGGUCCCCGUGCCUUACACGUGGCCAACGCGCCCCUUUGCUCGAGGCGGGACUCUGCGGCGGAGCUGUCCGUGGUGCUGACCCGUGCGCCCAGCCCCAGCGCACCUCACCCGGGGAGGGGGCAGGUGGGGCAAGGGCUGGCCCAGAGCCUGCUGGCCGGGGAGCUGCCCGGAGCGCAGACACAGCAGCGGUUCCGCUCACUGCCGGCCGUGCUCCGGGGAAGGCGAAGGGCUGGGGCUGCAGGCGGCAAGCGGCGCUAGUGGCUGGGAUCGCGGGCGAAGCGAGCCUCCCGCCUGGCGUGGCUGGGAGGGGACCGGAGCCGGGGCUGCGGGAGCUGCACGUGGCUGGGUCCUGCCGACAGCCUCGCGCUGCAGCCGAGGGGAAGGGGGGCGGAUUGGGCGCAGCACGGCUGGCCGCGCUCAGUGACGGGGCUGUCCCCGUCAGGAGCUAGGCAGCCGGAGACUCAAGGCAGCAGCACCAUGAAGAUCAAGUUAAGUGGCCUCGCCGUGUUCGUGGCCCUGGCGGGCGUGUUAAGUUUCAUCUUCCUGGUGGUAGCCAUAGGGACCGACUUCUGGUACAUCAUCGAUGCCUCUAAACUGGAGCGGUCAAACAAUUCCUCGGGGGCGCUGAGCUCGCACUCGGGACUCUGGCGGACCUGCAGACCUAGGAGCAAAUGCUUCCCUUUGAUGAACCCUUUCUGGUACGAGAACAUAAACAUGACUGCUUCGCACAAACAACUCUUAAACAUGCAUGGGACAUUUGUAAUCCUGCUGCCUCUCAGCCUGAUCCUGAUGAUUUUUGGAGGAAUGACUGGAUUUAUUAGUAUUCUUGCCAGGGCCUACCUGCUGCUUCUAAUGACGGGAUGGCUUUUUCUUUUUGGAGGCCUUGUUACGCUCACUGGGAUCAGUGUCUACGUCGCAUACUCAGCGGCUGCCUUCAAGGAAGCUCUCUGCCUUUUGGGAAGGAACAAUCUCUUGGAGGAAGUUGACAUCAAGUUUGGCUGGUCUUUGGUGCUUGUGUGGGUCUCCUUCAUUGCAGAGGUGCUGACUGGGGCAGCGUUCCUGCUGGCUGCCCGAGUGGUAGGCCUCAAACAGAGACGGGAGCAGAGGAUCUGAAGCAGCAAUGCAGCCUAAUGAUAAUGUGGAAUCUAACAAGGUGAACUGACUGUGGAUAAGAAGAAUGGCAAAGCUACUCCUGAGCGUACCAUGCUGCUCAGCUAGCUCGUCUCUUAACCAAUGUGCAGUGCUCACUAUGGCAACAGUUCAUUGUUAAAUGUUAAUGAGGUGACCUUUGUGUCUUUAAAAGAAAAUAAAUGGUGUGUAUUUAGUGCUCACUAGACAAGCCCAGAGACUGAGCUGUCCCCUUUUAUUGCAGGGCAGAUCUAGCACAACACAGCUUCUCCUCUUUCCUUUCCCCCGCCAACUGCCCCUGACAGAGUGCCUCAUGACUGCACUGGAGUCCUGUCUCCACAGCCCACUUAAUCCUAGGCCUCUGCUGAGACUCCUAACAAAGGUGCCAAUUAGUGCUAGCUGUGAUGGAAGCCUCUCUCCCUUAACAGCUGGCCUGAGACCAUCACUACAUUUAUUGUACAUAGGCUACUAAGCAGCCCUUAGACAUUGUGACCUUCAUGUCUGCUCUUAUACAGAUUCUAUAUAUCUGAAGCCUGGUUAAGAAAGAGUGAGAAAGACAAAAAACACAUGAAUAAUAAAAAUGUAUCUCCUAGCACAGUUUCACUGCACAGAAUGAGAGUCAGAUUAGUGAUCUAGGGUGCCAUGGACUUCAGAGUAUUUGAAGGGUGACCUAAACCACACACAUGACAAUCCAGAGUACUCAGGCUUCUAGCGUACUGAGUGAUAUCCCAGGUACAGUAGUAGGACUUGGUCUGAAGUACAAUUCAGUAAGUAUCAGUGGUAUUAACACUUUACUAAUUACAGAUUAGUAAUUAACAAUGUUUACUAAUUACAGAUUCUCUCUGUUCCCUUACAUCUCACUUCAGACAUGGGAGACCUUCAUCUUUUAUAGCAUAGCUGUGAUUCUAUUUUUUAAUGACACACAUGUGAAUGUGCACACACAGAGCUAAUGUUAGAAAUGAAACAGCCCAAGAAACCUGUAAGCCAGGUCAGGUAUUUCUAAUUUCAAGGGAGUUCCUUCAGAACAUAGCACUCACUUUACAUGGUAGACGAUAUUUACCCCACACCAUUUAUUACACAUUGCUAGUUGGAUUCUUGAGAUGCAUGAUUCUUGGGCUGUAUUAGUAGGAGCAUUGCCAGCAGAUCGAGGGACAUAAUUAUUUCCCUCUAUUUGGCACUGGUGAGG